AUGGUAGCGUGUGAUUCGUGUGGGCAGUGGUUUCAUUUCGCGUGUGUUAGUGUGGAUUCAAAUGUUCAGGAUGAGGAGUGGAGUUGCAAGAAAUGCCUUGAGGCGGUGAUUCAACUUCCAGCCGGUGCAUCUACACCUAAUACCGACACUGGAGUAAUACCAAAACCCGGAACCAGGCUAACAGAAUCUAAUCUGGAGGAGUACGUGCAGAAACAGUUGGCGGUGAUGCAGGUGGGCUUUGAACGCUUGUUGAAGGCGAAAGAUGAUCGGCAUCUGAAGGAGCUCAGAGAUCAACGGAAGAAAUAUGAACAGGUGUUGAAAGACACGGAGCGACGUGUGCUAGAGCGUGUGGAAAGGCAAAACUUAAUUAGCUCAAGUGGGGGUGGAUUAACGGCGAGUUCAACUGUAAAUCAACCGGCACAGAUGGUGUCCAGUGGAUCGACUGGUAAUCAAAACCCGAAAUUGUUAGGUAGCAGAUCAACAGCGAGUUCUACGAGUUAUCAUCCACAGCAGGUGGCAGGAGGAUCAACGACAGGUGCGAUCGGAAGUCAGCCGUUGCCAUGGACGUUGGGAACCGGACCGACAGCAAGUUCGACGGAAAAUCCACUGCCACAAAUUAAUGCACAAGAGGUGAGUCAGGGCAAUGAGGCUCUAGCACAUGAGUUGAUGUUGCUGGAGGAGCAGCAGGCAUUAGAGAAGAAACAUAUGGAGGAGCGAAGCCGCCUUUUACAACGGCAUGCGAUGUUCGGCGGAGGAGCAGCCGGUGGAAUCGGACUGAAUCCUCAGGCGACAGCAUUCCAACCGAUUGGUAGCGGGUUUUUCGGUGUUUCUUCGCUAAGUCAAGGUCAGAUUUCAGCGCGUCAAGCUAUCAACAAGGAGCUUCCCAUAUUUUCCGGCAACCCAGAAGAAUGGCCGCUUUUUCUAGCAAGCUACGAGAACUCGACCAGGAUUUGCGGAUAUAGCGACGAAGAAAACAUGCUUCGACUUCAACGAAGCCUCAAGGGAAAGGCAAUGGAAACGGUACGUUGUCGUCUGUUGCAUCCUGCCAACUUACCGGGGGUUAUAGCGACGCUGAGAACCCUGUUUGGGAGACCGGAAGUCAUCGUCCAUUCGCUGGUGAAUAAGAUCCGGGAAAUGCCAUCGCCGAAAGCUGAAAAACUGUGCACGCUGAUCGAUUUCGGAGUUGCAGUUCAAAACGUCUGCGCGACCAUCACAGCUUCAGGUCUCGACGAGUAUAUGUGCAACGUGGCGCUACUCCAAGAACUGACGGAGAGAUUGCCGCCUUCUAUUAGACUGAACUGGGCGUACCAUCGGCAGGGACUGAACAGAGUCACUCUUUCGGAAUUCGGAGACUGGCUUGGGAAGUUAGUUGAAGCAGCGAGCAUAGUCACGAUGCCAACCCUCAACAUCUCGAAACCAGAGAGACGUGGAAGGAAAGACGACAACUACAUCAACGUUCACUCGGAAAGCAACUCUAGUUGCGAAGUUCUCUCGUUAGAUCGCCCGAUUACUGCAUCAAAGGGCUGUCUCGUAUGUUUGAACGAAUGCAGCGGUCUGGACACGUGUGGCAAGUUUCUCGCCUUGGGCGUCGGGUCCCGUUGGACAGUUGUGAAAGAGCAAAGGUUGUGCAGAAAGUGUCUACGGAGGCAUUACGGUGCCUGCCACGUGAAAACACCCUGUGGAAGAAACGCGCAGCAGUCUAACGAGAGUUCAACAACACAGAGCUGCAACACGCAUUCGAAGAGGGCGGGAAAGGUUUUAUUUCGGUACGUGCCUGUUACGAUCUACGGUAAGGGAAAGCAAGUGACAACCUAUGCUUUCCUCGACGAUGGGUCGUCGGCGACUUUGAUGGAGCACAGCCUACUGAGAGAAUUAGAUCUUAAAGGAACGCCCUAUCCAUUGUGCUUGAAUUGGACGGGUGGCCACCAGCGGGAAGAAGAUGAGUCAGUCUUACUGACGUUGAAGAUCUCCGGUGUAAAUGACACUCGUGAAGUGUUCGACCUUCCAGAGGUUUAUACGGUUAGGGAUCUUUCUCUUCCGAAACAGUCGGUCUCAGUCUCGCAGUUGGCAACUAAGUACAGCUAUCUCAAAGGUUUGCCAUUGAAAUCCUACGAUGAUGUCUCUCCACGGAUCCUUAUAGGGAUGAACAAUUGCCGCCUGGGUCACGCCCUGAGAAGUGUCGAAGGUGGUGAGAACGAACCGGUGGUGUCCAAAACCCGCCUUGGAUGGAUGAUAUACGGACCUUGCACCAUGGAAUCUGGUACGACGAACUCCGGCUAUAGCAGUUAUCACAGUUUCCACAUCUGUCCCUGUGUUAGGGAAGAAGAAAGGGAUCUGAAUGCGGCACUUAAGGAAUACUACUCAAUUGAGUCGUUGGGAAUCUCUGGUUCACAAAAAUCACUACAUUCAAAAGAUGAGGAGCGCGCGAUUAAAAUUCUGUCAACCGAAACACGACUGGUAGGGAAUCGCUACGAGACCGGCCUAUUGUGGCGCUAUGAUCAAGUACAGCUACCCGACAACAAGGGAAUGGCUGCAAAGCGCCUAGCUUGUCUACAGAAGCGAAUGAGACGGGAACCCGAAUUAGCUGCGGCGAUGCGAUCGAAAAUGCUUGAGUACGAGGAGAAGGGUUACGUUCGGCGACUGUCGGCAAUGGAGAAGGCGGAGAAACAUUCUAACGACUGGUAUCUACCAAUCUUCCCAGUAACCAACCCGAACAAACCAGGGAAGCUACGAAUCGUAUUCGACGCGGCCGCCAAGGUCAACGGCGUCUCACUGAACUCGUUCCUCCUAACGGGACCCGAUCAAUUGGUGUCACUGCUUACAGUUCUGUAUAAGUUUCGCGAGUUUCGCGUCGCCGUAGUGGGAGACAUUCGGGAAAUGUUCUUCCAAGUACAGAUGAAGAAGCUAGACCAACGAAGCCAGAUGAUUUUGUGGAGCAACGGUAAUCCGGAGGAUGAACCCGAAGUGUAUGCGGUAGCAGUUAUGACGUUCGGUGCGGCAUGCUCUCCAAGCUGUGCGCACUAUGUCAAGAACCGAAACGCUGAAAGAUUCGAAGAGUAUCCACGAGCGGUAGAGUGCAUAAAGUAUGAGCAUUAUGUCGACGACAUGUUGAUGAGUGUUGAGACUGAGGAGGAAGCUGUAAAACUAGCCAGCGAGAUACGAUCUAUCCACUCUCAGGGAGGAUUCGAGAUACGCAAUUGGUUAUCAAAUUCCCGUUCGGUCAUCGAUAAUCUGCACGAGGUCAGUACCACGGAAAAGAACAUGAGCCUUUGCGCGGAGAUGACGACGGAAAAGGUGCUCGGUAUGUGGUGGGACACCACAACAGACACGUUCACGUUCAAAUUAUCACCGAAGCACGACGAGCAGCUACUUUCCGGAAUCAGGAUGCCAACAAAACGAGAAGUUCUGAGAACAUUGAUGGCUAUAUACGAUCCGAUGGGAUUCAUUUGUAAUUUCCUCAUCUACUUGAAGAUCCUGAUGCAGGAAAUCUGGCGUUCCGGAUGUGGUUGGGAUGAUGAAAUCAACGGAAAGCUGGCCGAAAAGUGGCAGACGUGGAUCGAAGCGUUGCCGAACGUCCAUCAAGUUAAGAUUCCUCGUUGCUACCGAAUUAUAACAUCUGCCAAACCAGCCAACAAUGUGGAAUUGCAUAUUUUCUGCGAUGCCAGCGAGAAUGGGAUGGCUGCUGUGGCCUACUUCAGGUUCGAGGAAGAAGGAAAGGUGGAAUGUGCGAUGAUUGGAUCUAAAACACGCGUAGCCCCUCUGAAGUUUCUCUCUAUCCCUCGACUUGAGCUGCAAGCUGCCGUUAUUGGAGCUCGUCUAGCCGACUGUAUCGCCAAAUCACAUCGUAUUAAGAUCAUGCGCCGUGUUUUCUGGACAGACUCCCGUGAUGUGAUAUGCUGGUUACGAUCUGACCAUCGGCGCUAUAGCCAGUUCGUUGCCUUCAGGGUCAGUGAGCUGCUGGAUACAACUCAAGUGGACGAGUGGAGAUGGUUGCCAACUAAGAUGAACGUAGCGGACGAAGGUACGAAGUGGCAAAGGCUGCCAGACUUACGCCCUAGUAGCCGCUGGUUUCGCGCACAGGAUUUUCUUUGGGAAUCGGAAGCCGAAUGGCCUGGUCACAAUCGAGAUCAAGGAUCAACUGUAGAAGAAAUUCGACCCAGUGUCCUACAUCAUACAGUUACCGAGCCGCUAGUGAGUUUCGAGCGCUUCUCCAAAUGGAAACGUCUGCUGAGAUCGAUGGCAUAUGCCCGUCGUUUCAUCACGAAUCUUCAUAAGCGCAUCGAAGGGGCCACCGCCGAGCUGGGACCACUAACGCAGGAAGAGCUGAAACUGGCGGAAAGCACAAUUUACCGGAUUGUUCAACAGCAGGCGUACCCUGACGAAAUGCGCUUGAUCCGUAGCAAUAGCUCAGAUGCCAGUCCGUGGAAACGUACCUUGCCAAAAAGCAGCUCGUUGUACAAGCUGAGUCCAGCUAUCGAUGAACUCGGUGUUCUACGGAUGCGAGGGCGUAUAAACGCAUGCGAAUGGGUUGACGAGGCGACCAAAAACCCCAUCCUGCUUCCAAGACGGAAUCCCGUGACUGAUCUGGUGCUCGCUGAGUACCACGCUUCUUGCCGUCAUCAGAAUCAUCACACAGCGCUGAGCCAGGUUCGAUUGAAAUUCAGCAUCCCUCGUCUUCGUUCAGAGUUCGAUCGUGUACGCAGAAACUGUCAGCGUUGUAAAGUCCGACAAUCAAUGCCACAACCUCCAGCGAUGGGAAACCUCCCGCUUGCCCGUAUGGCAGCAUUUCAAAGACCGUUCUCGUACACCGGGAUUGACUAUUUCGGGCCAAUGUCGGUAACAGUUGGCAGAAGGGUCGAGAAAAGAUGGGGAGUACUACUUACCUGCAUGACAACCCGAAGUGUGCACAUUGAAGUAGCACAUUCGUUAACGACGGAUUCUUGUAUUCUGGCACUGCGCAAUUUCAUUGCGAGGAGGGGUUCCCCUUUGGAGAUUAUAAGCGAUCGAGGAACUAACUUCAUAGGAGCGUCGCGAGAGCUGCGCGAGGCCAUGCAGAAAAUCGACAUGACGAAACUUAUGGUUGAAUUCGUCAGUCCUAACACAAAGUGGACGUUCAAUCCACCGGCCGCUCCACAUUUUGGUGGCUGCUGGGAGCGUUUGAUCCAGUCGAUUAAAAAGAUCAUGAACGAUUUCGACGUCCCACGCCUGCCAUCCGACGAGAUUCUGCGAUCCAUGCUAUUGGAGAUCGAGAUGAUCCUGAACUCAAGACCGCUCACUGACAUACCGCUAGAAAACGACGCGGAACUUCCGUUAACGCCGAACCACUUCCUAUUAGGAUCGGCAAACGGGACUAAGCCCCCGAUUAUCUUCGAUAACGAACCGGCAGCCCUCAAGCGGUCAUGGACGAUGGCCCAGCUGUACGCCGACAGGCCCAUCCAGAAGGGUGAUCUGGUGCUAAUCGUGGACUGCAAUCUUCCACGGAAUUGUUGGCCACGAGGACGUGUGGUCGAAGUGGUUCAAGCCAAAGACGGACAGGUUCGUCGAGUCACCGUGCAGACUGCGACUGGGCUUCUGGAGAGGCCAGCGACCAAGAUUGCGGUGCUGGAUGUCGGUGCUAACGGUGGUAAGCCACAUGGACAGUGGCGUACCGGGGGGGAGUGUCACAUCACUAUGGAUUGUGACGCACCUCUUACUACACCUCAUUGA